AAAUGGCGUGACAUUAAAAUGGAAGGCGGUGGCAAACAUAUAGGAUUAAUCUUCAAUCAACCAAUCAUGAAAAUAUCUCACGUGACUGCCAGCUACCAUGAAUGAUUCCACGACGCCCCGCAUAAACAUUGCUCAAGGCUGGGCAGUUAAGUAGAAGCUGGAUCUUUCUAGAGUGGAUAGCUGGAGAGGAGUCUUCAGUGUCCAGACAACUGUCCCUUGUCCCAGACAUUAGUAUUACUAAUCAUAUCUCUCGCAUCCCCGGACUUGUCGAUGCUGAUGCAUACUAGUACUGUUCUGCGAGCCAUGUGAAAAACAGGUCAGCUACCAAUUGAAUCUUCAUUAUUGUCGGACCACGAGCUAUCUUUUCUUCCUCAAUGGUUUGCAAGGUCCAGUUUGGGCAGCUUUCCCUCGAUAUGAGAUAUCAUCGUAUCUUUGUCUUACUAGUGUAUCGCAUAGCAUGUGAGCGUCCUCGCCGAUACUUAGCUAUUUUCUUUCAUUUCCCCCCAAAUCAAUUGCGUUCGUGUACAUCCUUAUUGCCAGGUGAGUUUCCCUGCUCCAGUCUCUCCCUAUACUUGUUCGUUGCAGUUCGUUGCAGCUGUCCAAGACGCUACUAAGGCCAUUAAAGAUAUCUAGAUCCGAGAAUCGUCCAUUUCUCUCUCCUAUAAGCGCAGAUGGGGUUGAUAUACUUAAUUAGGCCAAUUUCUCUUCCUUCAACUUGAGCGUCAUAUGGGAUGCAUAAACAGCGCGUAUGUAACGGGGACUUUCCAUCUGCUCGAACAGCACUCUCGCUAUGCUUCUCACAACUCCACUUCAAGUAGAAUGGCCAGCAUCAUGCCUAUGGUUCAAACAGAAAGGCGACAUAUGUUCUGCCACACGUGAAGUAGCGGCUUUGGGCCUGUCGACGGGCCCUCGGCUGUAUUAUCAUAUUGACGCUGAGUGUCGCGAUCACCAUCCACUUUCUAUAGUUAUUUGGUAAAGAUACUAUAGGGACAUUCAGUCAGUUAUCUGGCCAACAUCCGUACCCCCACAUCGGCAGUAUGCUCAUCCCUUGGAGAUUCUCGCAAGCUGGUGAGCACGCAUUCAAUCAGAAUGGUUCGGCAGAUAGAGAAGUUUUCAUGGGAUACUAAAUCAGUGAGGUAAUCAAAAUGGAGCUGGAGUAAAGCCAACAAGCCAUAACCGAGAUAUAUAAUAUAGACGCUGUCCUAAAUUUGGUGCCUGAUUAGGCUCCAACAAUGCUAGUAAUCCCAAGACAGAGUAAGGUCCAAUUCAAC